AUGAACUUGCUGCGGCAAAUUCCCAGGCUUUUCCUUCGGCGGCGGACGCUUCGUGGUUUCCACACCCAACCAGUCACUAUGGCGAAGUCGAAGAACCACACCAACCACAACCAGUCGCGUAAGGCUCACCGCAACGGUAUCAAGAAGCCCAAGACCAACCGUUACCCUAGCUUGCGUGGUGUCGACCCCAAGUUCCUGCGCAACCAGCGCUAUGCCAAGCACGGUACGGAGAAGGCUGUUCGUGAGGCCCGUGCUGCCGCCUCGGCCUAA